AGAGAAGGCUGGAAGCAGGAGGAGCGUGCACAGAGCAGCCUCACCCCUCCUCUCUCCCCACCCCAAAGGCAGGAAUUUCUGGGAUCGGCAGAUGGUCCACCCCCUCUCCCUCCUCUUGCUCCAAGACAGAGUGGGUAGGGCCGGGAAAAGCUCCGCGACUUUCGGUCUUCCAGCCCAUAACCCCGAGUACCCUCACGCCGUGGCGACUGGGGUGACGGAGGGGGUCUGCCGGGCGUAGGGGCGGUGAGGCCCCCGGGGAGGGGUGGAGCGCGGAAGAGGCUGCAGUCCCGCCUCCCGCUCCGCAGAGCCAGGCGCUCCGGCUGCAGCGCUGACCCCCCUGGCGACCUGACCCCCAGCGUCCGGCGAGCUCAGUGGUUAGUGAUGCCGCUGCCGUCGCUGUUGCCGCUGCCGUCGCUGCUGCUGCCGUUGCUGCUGCUGGGGACACCGCGGGGCUCCGUAGAGGGAACGGCGGUGGCGCUCACACCCGAGCGGCUCCUCGAGUGGCAGGAUAAAGGAAUUUUCAUUAUCCAAAGUGAGAGCCUCGAGAAAUGCAUUCAAGCGGGCAAAUCUACACUGACCCUGGAGAACUGCAAACCACCCAACAAGUACAUGCUAUGGAAAUGGGUUUCAAACCACCGCCUCUAUAACAUUGGAGGCAGCGGCUGCCUGGGCCUGAAUGUGUCUAAUCCGGAGCAGCCCUUGAGCAUCUACGAGUGCGAUUCCACCCUUGUUUCCUUGAAGUGGCGCUGUAACAGGAAGAUGAUCACAGGCCCACUCCAGUACAUGGUCCAGGUGAAGCACGACAACACGCUUGUGGCCUCAUGGAAAUAUCUCCACAGGUGGAUUUCCUACAUGUCAGGUGGUGGAGGCAUUUGUGACUAUCUGCACAAAGAUCUGUAUACAAUCAAAGGGAAUGCCCAUGGGAUGCCUUGCGUGUUUCCCUUCCAGUAUAACCGGCAGUGGCACCAUGAAUGUACCCGGGAAGGGCGGGAAGACAACUUGCUGUGGUGCGCCACCACCAGCCGAUAUGAAAGAGAUGAGAAGUGGGGAUUUUGCCCAGAUCCCACAUCUACAGAGGUAGGCUGUGACGCUGUCUGGGAGAAGGAUCUCAAUUCACACAUUUGCUACCAAUUCAACCUGCUUUCCUCCCUCUCCUGGACCGAAGCACAUUCUUCAUGCCAGAUGCAAGGAGGUGCUUUAUUAAGUAUUGCAGAUGAGACUGAAGAAAAUUUCAUAAGGAAGCACCUGGGUAGUGAAGCAGUGGAAGUGUGGAUAGGUCUGAAUCAGCUGGAUGAAAAUGCUGGCUGGCAGUGGUCUGACAGAACGCCACUCAACUAUCUGAAUUGGAACCCAGAAAUAAAUUUUGAGCCAUUUGUUGAGUAUCACUGUGGAGCAUUUAAUGCAUUUAUGCCAAAUGCCUGGAGAAGUCGGGACUGUGAGUCCACCUUGCCUUAUAUAUGUAAAAAAUAUCUAAACCACACUGAUCCUGAAGUAGUUGAAAAAGAUGCUUGGAAAUAUUAUGCCACCCACUGUGAGCCUGGCUGGAAUCCCCACAAUCGUAAUUGCUAUAAACUUCAGAAAGAGAAAAAGACCUGGAAUGAGGCUUUGCAUUCUUGCCAGUCUGAUAACAGUGCAUUAAUAGACAUAGCUUCGUUAGCAGAAGUGGAGUUUCUUGUAACUCUCCUUGGAGAUGAAAAUGCAUCAGAAACAUGGAUUGGUUUGAGCAGCAAUAAAAUCCCAGUUUCCUUUGAAUGGUCUAAUGGCUCCUCAGUCACCUUUACUAAUUGGCACGCACUUGAGCCCCAAAUUUUUCCAAAUAGAAACCAGCUGUGUGUUUCGGCAGAGCAAUCUGAGGGAGAUUGGAAAGUUAAAAAUUGCGAAGAAACACUUUUUUACGUUUGUAAGAAAGCAGGCCAUGUCCUUUCUGACACUGAAUCAGGCUGUCAAGAGGGAUGGGAGAGACAUGGUAGGUUCUGCUACAAAAUUGACACCGUCCUUCGAAGCUUUGACCACGCCUCCAGUGGCUACUACUGUCCUCCAGCACUUGUAACCAUUACAAAUAGGUUCGAACAGGCUUUUAUUACCAGUUUGAUCAGUAAUGUGGUAAAAACGAAGGACACUUAUUUUUGGAUAGCUCUUCAAGAUCAAAACAAUACAGGAGAAUAUACUUGGAAGACAGCAGGACAGAAGUCAGAGCCAGUGCAAUACACACACUGGAAUGCACGUCAGCCCCGCUACAGUGGUGGCUGUGUUGUCAUGAGAGGAAGGAGUCCCCCUGGUCGCUGGGAAGUGAAGGACUGUAGAUACUUUAAGGCAAUGUCCCUGUGCAAGCAGCCAGUGGAAAAUGGGGAGAAAACUGAGCAAGAAGAGAGAUGGCCCUUUCACCCCUGCUAUUUGGACUGGGAGUCAGAGCCUGGCCUGGCCAGUUGCUUCAAGGUAUUUCAUAGUGAAAAAGUCCUGAUGAAAAGAACAUGGAGAGAAGCCGAAGCAUUCUGUGAAGAAUUUGGAGCUCAUCUUGCAAGCUUUGCCCAUAUCGAGGAAGAGAAUUUUGUGAAUGAGCUUUUAUAUUCAAAAUUUAAUCGGACAGAAGAAAGGCAGUUCUGGAUUGGAUUUAAUAAAAGAAACCCACUCAAUGCUGGCUCUUGGGAGUGGUCUGAUGGAACUCCUGUUGUCUCUUCAUUUUUAGACAAUACUUAUUUUGGAGAAGAUGCAAGAGAUUGUGCUAUUUAUAAGGCAAAUAAAACGUUGCUGCCUUCACACUGUGGUUCCAAACGUGAAUGGAUAUGCAAAAUUCCAAGAGAUGUGAGACCCAAGAUUCCACCCUGGUACCAGUAUGAUGCCCCCUGGCUCUUUUAUCAGGAUGCAGAGUACCUUUUUCAUACCUCUGCCUCAGAAUGGUCCUCUUUUGAGUUUGUCUGUGGCUGGCUGCGCAGUGAUAUUCUCACUAUUCAUUCUGCACAUGAGCAAGAAUUCAUCCACAGCAAAAUAAGAGCGCUAUCAAAAUAUGGUGUAAAUUGGUGGAUUGGACUUCAAGAAGAAAGAACCAAUGAUGAAUUUCGCUGGAGAGAUGGAUCACCAGUAAUAUACCAGAACUGGGACAAAGGAAAAGAAGGAUCUUUGCAUAAUCAAAGCCAGAGAUGUGCCUUCAUUUCAUCCAUAACAGGACUGUGGGCUAGUGAAGAGUGUUCAGUUUCUAUGCCUAGCAUCUGUAAGCGAAAAAAGGUUUGGGUCAUAGAGAAAGAGAACAAUACACCAAAACAGCAUGGAACAUGUCCCAAAGGAUGGCUCUAUUUUAACUAUAAGUGCCUUUUGAUGAAAAUCCCCAAAGUCCCAGGCGACUGGAAAAACUGGACAUCUGCUCAAAAUUUCUGUGUUAAAGAAGGGGGGACACUGGUCGCCAUUGAAAAUGAAGUGGAGCAAGCUUUCAUUACUAUGAAUCUUUUUGGCCAGACCACUAAUGUGUGGAUAGGGUUACAAAAUGGUGAUUAUGAAAAAUGGCUAAAUGGAAGGCCUGUGUCAUAUUCUAAUUGGUCUCCAUUUGAUAUAGUAAAUCUUCCAAGUCAUAACCCCACCAAAGUUCAAAAACACAUUCCUCUCUGUGCCUUGCUAUCGAAUAAUCCUAAUUUUCACUUCACUGGAAAAUGGUAUUUUGAAGACUGUAGAGAAGAAGGUUAUGGAUUUAUUUGUGAAAAAAUGCAGGAUACUUCUGGACACAGUGCAAAUACAUCUGAUAUGUAUCCAAUCCCCAAUACCUUAGAAUACGGAAACAGAACUUACAAAAUAAUUAAUGGGAAUAUGACUUGGUAUACAGCACUAAAAGUCUGCCUGAUGCAUGGAGCAGACCUGGUCAGCAUUACAGACCAGUACCACCAGUCCUUCCUCACUGUUAUGCUCCAUCGGCUAGGACACGCCCACUGGAUUGGACUGUUCACUGAAAACGGUCUUCACUUUGAAUGGUCAGAUGGCACCAAAUCUUCCUUCAGUUUUUGGAAAGAUGAUGAGUCAUCCUUCUUGGGUGACUGUGUUUUCGCAGACACCAGUGGGCGCUGGAGUAGCACAGCCUGCGAGUCAUAUCUGCAAGGAGCCAUCUGUCAAGUGCUCACGGAAACAAGACCCAGAUACCCAGAGUUGUGCUCAGAAACAUCUAUUCCCUGGAUAAAAUUCAGAAGUAAUUGCUACAGUUUUUCUACAGUCCUAGACAGUACGAGUUUUGAGGCUGCUCAUGAAUUUUGCAAAAAGGAAGGAUCUAAUCUUUUAACAAUAAAAGAUGAAGCUGAAAAUUCAUUUCUCCUAGAAGAGCUUUCUGCCUUCACUUCUUCUGUCCAGAUGGUUUGGCUCAAUGCUCAGUUUGAUGGUGACACUACAACCAUAAAGUGGUUUGAUGGAACUCCCACAGACCAGUCAAACUGGGGUAUUCGGAAGCCAGAGAUGGGCCAUGUCAAACCCCAUCUGUGUGUUGCCCUGAGGAUUCCCGAAGGAGUGUGGCAGUUAUCCUCAUGUCAAGACAAAAAGGGAUUUAUAUGUAAAAUGGAAGCAGAUAUUCACACACUAGAGGAGCAUCUAGGAAAAGGACCAAGUCACAGCAUUAUACCUCUUGCAGUAGCACUGACACUGAUGGUAAUUCUGGCAAUUUCCACACUUUCCUUCUGCAUAUACAAGCACAAUAGCAUUAUCUUCAGGAGACUUUCAGAGUUUAGAAAUUCUUAUUAUUCUACAACUAACUUUAGUACAGUAAAUUUAGAAGAAAAUAUUCUCAUUUCUGAUCUUGAGAAGAAUGACCAGUAAUAAUGAAGUGAGAGGAAUGCCCCAACCAUGAGAAUGAGUAAAGAAGAGUACGUUCCUUCAAGGACCAGAUGCCACUGUAAUGUAAAUUGUGUCACCUUCUAAUUAUUCUCAAAGUGAUUAUUGGCUUUGAAUUGUAACCAAAUCAGGUGGGUGUUGAUUUAUUUAUUUCUUCAAACUGUGAUGAUUCUUAAAAAGGAGAAAUUUUACAAUGGUUAUUAUUCAGAAAACAAGAACUAUUAAAAGCAACUCCCAAAGGAAAUCUCUCAAA